CAAAUUUCCACUGCUUUUUUCAUUGACCAACUUUAGCCUUUUUCCCAUCAUUCCUUUCCCUGCAACAUCCUCUCACAUCCAUCCGGCUCCCAUUAGAUCACUUGCUUGUCGCUGCAGUUAGUUACAGAUCCGGCUGUUGCUUGCUUUGCUGCUGCUACUAUUAUUAUCUACAUCUCUUUCACCACCGCUUGCUCACUGCUACUCUUCGGAUCACCAGAAACAUGACAACAACAAUUCCCAAGUUCGCUCACUUGCAAAUCCCACUUGAAGACGUAGUAAAGGCCACCGCCAAUUUUCAUCAUGAUAACAUCAUCGGACGCGGUGGAUUGGGACAUGUAUACAAAGGACAACUCCAGCGCUCCGGGGAGUUGAUCACGAUUUCUGCGCUGAGGUUAGAUCGUAAGAAAGGUGGAGGAGUCGUCGAGUUCUGGACCGAAGUUUCAAUGCUUUCUGAUCUCAAGCAUCCAAAUAUAGUCUCUAUGGUUGGAUUUUGUGAUGAGGAACAUGAGAAGAUCAUUGUGACCACGUAUGAGGCCAAAAAUGGAAGUCUCAAGGAGCAUCUAAGCAAUCCGAACCUCACAUGGACGCAAAGAUUGAAGAUAUGUGUAGGCGUGGCUCGUGCGUUGAGUUACCUCCAUUAUGACGAGGGACGUGGCUAUGGUGUUAUACAUCUUAACAUCAAUAGCUCGACAAUUUUAUUAGACGAGAACUGGGAACCCAAGUUAUCCGGUUUUAAAGUUUCCAUCAAACAAUCGCUUAACCGAAUGAACCAGGUCAUCCUUUCUGAACCUAUUGGCACAAUAGGGUAUGUGGACCCGGAAAUUGAAAAGACCAAAGGUGUGACCUACAAGUCGGACAUCUACUCAUUCGGUGUCGUCUUAUUCGAAAUAUUGUGCGGGAGGAAAGCAUUUGUUCCGAAUGAUGCUAAUAGGUUACUAGCUCCAUUGGCCAUACAUCAAUGUGAAAAAAAAAUGCUAAAGGAGAUAAUCCAUCCUGCUCUACGGAAUCAAAUGUCCCCGCAUUCACUCAAAAGAUACUCAAAAGUAGCAUAUUCUUGCAUAAAUGGGGAGCGAACAAACCGUAUGGAUACAAACAAUAUCGUCAGCGAACUUGAAGAUUUUCAACUUCAACAAGUUCAACGUUUAAAUCUUGUAAGACCCAUUUUUUUUUUACUUUUGCUUUGAUGUUAUUACUUUAUUUCCGGUUUAAAUUAAUUUGCA